UGUACUUUAACACUCAUUAUUUACAAUAUUUAUGUAUCUUGAUGAAACAAACUAUUUCAUAAUUGUUUGAUUGCAACAUAUGAAAUUUAUUGAAAUGCUUUCGGAUUUAUGAAAGACAAUUGUGGUUUGUAGGCGUACCACAAUCUAUAAAUAAAGCCUUCCCAUGGCUUUUGUAUCGAGGCGACGUGUUAUGUUUUAUGGCAUUGUAUUUGUUUUUGCAUUAUGGUUAUUGUUAACGGUUGGAUUUUUCGUAAAUGAAAGGAACAGCGAUUCUUAUUACGAUAAUAUUGAUUUAAACUCAGUUGAACUCGAUCGAAAAUUGCGUGAAAAAAAGGGCUUUUCCAAUUAUCAAGGCAAUACGGCUCAUUAUGUGUAUGCUAACUAUGACAAGACUCCGCAUCGCAAUCCUAAUGAGCCAGGAGAGCUGGGUGUAGCUGUUUACGCUGACUCAUGGGAGAAAGAGAAAGAAAAUGAAGGCUAUACCCAGCAUUCUUUCAAUCGUCUUGUCAGUGACAAGAUCUCCUUGCAGCGCAAUCAGGAUUAUAGAAAUUCAAAAUGUCGAUGGAAGAAAUACCCACUGCAUCUUCCCAAGACAAGUGUAAUUAUUUGUUUUCACAAUGAAGCCUGGUCCACAUUACUAAGGACUGUUCACAGCGUGAUUAAUCGAUCUCCUCCCCAUUUGUUGGAAGAAAUCAUCUUAGUUGAUGAUGCAAGUUCAAGAGAUGAAGUGAAAGACAAGUUAGAUUCAUAUGUAAAAACUCUGGAAACUAAAGUAAACAUCAUUCGACUAAAACAACGUGAAGGUUUAAUCAGAGCCAGGUUGGCAGGGGCUGCUGCUGCAAAGGCCGAAGUCUUGACAUUUCUUGAUGCUCAUUGUGAAUGCAGUAUUGGCUGGCUUGAGCCUUUACUUUCUCGUAUUGCAGAAAAAGAGUCUAAUGUUGUAAUGCCAGUCAUUGAUGCAAUUGGUGACAAAGAUUUUAGAUACAAUGGUGUAGGUGAGCCUUUUCAACGUGGAAUUUUUCGUUGGAGGCUUGAAUUUGGAUGGAAACCGGUACCAGAUUAUGAAAUGCAACGAAGGAAAGAUGAAACGGAUGGUAUAAGAACUCCUGUUAUGGCUGGUGGUUUGUUUUCAAUAAGUAAACAGUAUUUUGAAGAUAUGGGCUCAUAUGAUACUGGAAUGGAUGUCUGGGGAGGCGAAAACUUGGAAAUUUCAUUUAGGAUAUGGAUGUGUGGUGGCAUCAUCGAAAUGUUGCCGUGUUCACGUGUUGGACACGUGUUUCGUCCAAAAUUUCCUUAUUCGUUUCCCGUUCGUCCGGGCUCUAGUAUUGAUCCUGUUAGCAAAAAUUUAAUGCGAGUAGCGGAUGUGUGGAUGGAUGAAUACAGUAAGCAUUUCUAUAACAUAAGACACGAUCUCAAGUCGAAGCAACACGACGACGUUAGCGAACGAGUGAAGCUUCGCCAAAGGCUGAAGUGUAAUUUCAAGUGGUACCUUGAAAAUGUUUAUAAAGAAUUGGCAAUUCCCGAUGCCAAUUUUCUAUUCUCCGGAGAGGUUCGUAAUCCACAAAGUAGCAUGUGUUUUGACACUCUUGGUAAACAUGAUGGUAACCCUCUUGGAUUGUAUGUAUGUCAUGGGCAAGGAGGGAAUCAGUACUUCACAUUAAACAGCAAGGGAGAAAUAAAAACGGAAGACAAUUGUUUGGAUUACAAUGGCUACGACUUAUAUCUAAGGGAAUGUGAUGGUUUGGAAGCGAAUCAAAAAUGGGAAUACAAGGAUUUGAAGAUUCGACAUAUUCGCCGUAAUGUUUGUCUUGAUCGUGGGAACAGUAAGGCGACACACAUCAAAGUUGUGCCGUGCGCAGAUAGUAACUCUCAAAUAUGGCAAUUUGGACAGGCUAGUUGAUAUAAAUAAAAUCCUGUGUCGUUCAUUGUGAAGUGCAUCACCAAAUUGUGGAGAUAGUGCAAAAUGUUCUUUUUCUUUCGUUAACGUCGAACGUUGAUAUGCAACUUGCAUGACACCAGAAGGGCUGUAUUAGUUAUGAUCUGAAUUAAGUAAUUGAACUAAUUUGGUUAGCUAGCGGCAUAAAAUGGAAAUAACUGUCUAGAAUUUACUAUUUUAUAUUUUACAUGUUUUCGCCUAUCUCUAUUCACAUGACAUUAACUAAUCUAGAUCAAGGUGAAUCUCCACUUGAAUAUUUCUGUUUCACCUUUUCUGGCUAACAAAAAUUAACAUUAAUGAAUAUUUCCUUAUAUGGUAAUAUUUUCAUAGAAUUCUGCAAGUACGUAAGUACGAAGCUUUUAUGGGAAUGUGAAACCAUCCAUUGCAUCCAUACAUGCGCACUGUUUCAUUUUCCAUCUCUUUUAACUGCAUUAUAUUGUAAUUGUAACUAAACUCUGACUUUGUUAAAUUCAUACAAUUUCUCUCCAA